GAGAAAAGCCAACGCAGAGGUAAGCUAGGCCGGAGAGCGGAACCGCCCUCAUACCUUCGCCCCGAGACCCGGGUGGCCAGCUCCGCCGCUUCUCCAAUCUUUUCCACCACUCAAGAUGGCGGCGGAGGUGGAUUUCGGCGACCUAGAGCUGUUCGAGGCAUUUGACCCUCAGAAGGAGUCGACUCCCAAGCCGGUUCACACUCACUUCAAGGAGGACGAUGGCGACGUGGAGGACGAGCACGGGGUGGGCGACGCGGCGCUGCGGGAGCGGCUCCGGCAGUGCGAGGAGACCAUCGAGCGACUCCGCGCCGAGAAUCAAGAACUUAAAAGAAAAUUGAACGUUCUGACUCUACCCAGUGGAAUACUGGUGAACAACCCUAAGUUAGAUGGACCUUUAUUACAAAUUCUAUUUAUGAACAAUACUAUUUCAAAGCAAUAUCAUCCAGAAAUAGAGGAAUUUGUAUCAAGUUUAGUAAAAAGAUUUGAGGAACAACAAAAAAAUGAUGUGGAAAAGACUUCCUUUUCUCUUUUGCCUCAGCCAUCCAGUAUUAUGUUAGAAGAGGACCAUAAAGUUGAAGAAUCCUGUACUAUUAAAAGCAACAAGGAAGCUUUUAGUGUUGUAGGAAGUGUCCUGUAUUUUACUAAUUUUUGCCUUGAUAAAUUGGGGCAACCGCUACUAAAUGAAAAUCCUCAGCUUACCGAAGGAUGGGAAAUACCCAAGUACCAGCAAGUCUUCAGCCACAUUGUUUCUCUAGAAGGGCAAGAAAUACAAGUAAAGGCAAAAAGGCCAAAACCUCACUGUUUCAAUUGUGGUUCAGAAGAGCAUCAAAUGAAAGAUUGCCCAAUGCCUCGAAAUGCUGCUCGAAUAAGUGAAAAGAGAAAAGAAUACAUGGAUGCCUGUGGAGAGACAAAUAAUCAGAAUUUUCAGCAGCGAUACCAUGCAGAAGAAGUGGAAGAAAGAUUUGGAAGAUUCAAACCAGGAGUUAUUAGUGAGGAGCUUCAAGAUGCACUAGGUGUGACAGACAAGAGUCUUCCUCCAUUUAUCUAUCGGAUGCGCCAGCUCGGAUACCCACCUGGAUGGCUCAAAGAGGCCGAACUGGAGAAUUCAGGGCUUGCACUCUAUGAUGGCAAAGAUGAUGCUGAUGGAGAAACAGAAGCUGGAGAAGUGCAGCAGAAUAAAAGUGUCACUUACGAUCUCUCAAAAUUGGUAAACUAUCCAGGUUUUAAUAUAUCUACUCCCAGAGGAAUUCCAGAUGAAUGGAGGAUAUUUGGUUCCAUACCAAUGCAGGCAUGUCAACAGAAGGAUGUAUUUGCCAAUUACCUUACUUCUAACUUCCAAUCGCCAAGCAUGAGGUCUAGCAGUAAGCGAUCCUCGUCUCAGUCCAGCCCUAGUAGUCCCAAGAAGCAGAGGAAGGAAGGCAGCUUGGCGGCUUCCCCUGCUGAUAUGGAUCUCGACUCAGAUAUGGAGAUGCCACAUGGUUCUCAGAGCAGUGAAGCUUUUCGGUUUCAGCCACCAUUGCCUCCUGGCACGCCUCCUGUCUUCACACCUCCACUCCCCAAGGGCACCCCACCACUGACUCCCAGUGACUCGCCCCAGACCCGGCCCGCGUCUGCAGCCAUGGAUGAGGACGCCCUGACACUGGAAGAACUUGAAGAGCAGCAGAGGCGGAUCUGGGCAGCUCUGGAGCAGGCGGACAGCAUCAAUAGCGAUUCGGAUAUUCCUGUGGACACACCUUUAACUGGGAAUUCAGUGGCCUCAUCACCUGCUCCAAAUGAGCUGGACCUUGCUGCCCCUGAGGGUAAUGCCUCUGUGAAGCCAGUGCUGGACGAACCCCAGGGACCUGACUCCUCUACAAAGACAGCCGAGGUUGAGCAUCCCCCAAGCCCAGUUUCUGAGGCCAUGCUACUUUGUCAGAAGGAAGGGGAAGAAUCUGUGGACGCCAGCUGUGAGAAGGAAGAAGAAUCUGCGGACACCGACUCCAGCGGUGCCCUUCUCGGUAACGGCAGUGUCAGGUCAGACUGUGACAUGAGGAACGGAGGCAGCCAGAAGCUCCUGCACAGGAACCCACAUCCUGCAAAAACUCACAGCCCUGUACCUGACAUGAGCAAGUUUGCAACUGGAAUAACACCGUUUGAAUUUGAAAAUAUGGCAGAAUCUACUGGAAUGUACCUCAGGAUAAGAAGCUUGUUAAAGAACUCCCCCCGGAAUCAGCAGAAAAACAAAAAGGCUUCUGAGUAACUGCCUGCCAUAGCAGUGAGAGCUCUGAAAUGAUCUACAGCUUUGUAUGCUAUUAUUUAGUAUUAAGUGGACAGAUAAAAUUGGUUUCCUAUUUGUCCCUCCCAUCUUCAAGAAUC